GGAGGACUGGAAGAGAGAGAAAAAAGCCAGGUGAGACCACCUCCACCUCCUCCACCAUUCAAGUCUUACCUUUACUCUGCAGGCAACACCUUAUACCUGCACUGAGCCCCUCAACAACCAACUGGACAAUUAUAUCUAAUGGACAUAAAGGGUAAAGGGUUUUUAUUAUAACUGAUUUAUUUUCUCUUCUUUUUUUAUUCUACACUUUGGGAUGUAUUUCACCAUUCCACCAGCAUCCCAGUAGGAAUCAACCUGGCCUUUUUCACUGGACUGACGUUUAAUAUUGGACUCUUAAUAACUUGGACAUGUUUGGCCCAGGGCAACUGGUAUCUACUCUCCUGCCUGCAGUUUUCCAUUCACCUGCAGCUCACUUUUUCCCCGCGUUCCCAACCAGACUGGGCUCUCAACCUCAGAUUCUGUUCCCGGGGCCCUUUAUCAGCUAUGAAUCUUUGAGGAAUUAUCUGCAGCCAGAGCCAUGCAAGGAAGCUUUGCUCCUGGCCACGCAGGCGGUCGGGAUGGGGCAACUCACAGAGGGCAUAGAUGAACAGAGGCCAGUGAAGCAGCGUCGUGCACGGGCCAACUACAGCAGCUGGCAGCUGGAGGAGCUGGAGAAGGCCUUUGAGACCACCCACUACCCAGACAUCUUCAUGAGGGAAGCCCUGGCCCUCAGACUGGACCUCAUCGAGGCUAGAGUACAGGUUUGGUUCCAAAACCGGCGUGCCAAGAUGAGGCGGCAGCUGAAACUCCAGGGCCAGCUUGUGGGGCCUUAUGUAAAAAGAGACAGUGAAGAAACGUCUGACAAAGCGGACAGGAGUUUAAAACAGCAGACAGAGAGUUCUGACAGUGAGCACUGGGAGAGACGACAGGAAGAAGAAAACUAUCCAUGGACAAAAGCUUCGAGUGCUCCGCUGAGCCUGUGUAAGCAACCUGUGACCCAGAGGUCAGGGAAGUGGGAGAGGCCGGAGGGGCUGAGCUCAGAAGAGCUCCGCUCCUGCAGCAUCGCCAAGCUGCGGGCCAAAGCCAGAGAGCACAAGGCCGAGAUCCACAGUACUGUAAACAUGUCAGGAGGCGUCACACAGCCCCAAACAGAGGAAGCUGAUGCCAUGCGCAAUGAUUGAUAAUCUUCCUUCUUCCUGUUUGUACAGAUAAUUAUAACUAAAAAACAGCAGUAACAUACUUAUUUUUAACUUUUUGGGAUGAGGAGUUUCAUUGUUUACCUAUCAUUAACAGAAUAUUUCAUGUAAUAUCAAAUAUUACAGUAAUCUUAUAUAUGAUGUUACUCAUUUUUUAU